UAUAAUACUGGUUAUUAUCAGUAAGACGUGUCAAAAUUUCUCCAUUGCAAAGAAUUAUUAAUUUAUUACACAUUUUUGCGUGAAUUGUGAAGAUUUUGUCUUGUGCAAAAAAAUGAAGAAAAGCGAGACAUUUAAAAAGCGAUCCGGGACCACAGACAAGGGGAAAGAUUACGAAAAUAUCACUAUAGCCAACAUCGUUUUACAAAUGGUAAGCGACGAUAAAAUAAACAACUUUCAAAUAUCGUCAAACGAUAACAAUUUCGGGGCAUUUGACGAUGUAGUCGUCAAAAUUGAGUCUGAUGAAAAUAUAGAGGUAAAAGCAAUCCAGUUAAAACACAGCGAUCGAAAAAUUUUAUCCGUGGAGCAUCUGAAAUCUGAAAAAGGAGAUUUUUCUUUAAAAAAAUAUUUUGAAUCUUACCUAAAAUUGAAGAAUGCGGUACAAGAGUUUAUAAUUUAUACUAAUCGUCCAUUUACCGAUGUUUCCCAUGACGCAAAAUUUCAACUUCCAGGACAAAACUUUUAUGUACGACCUGUUAAAAUGUACAACUUACCUUUCAAUUUCGAAAUUUCAAAGAAAGUAAAUUAUAUUUACAAAUUUGAAAUUGUGGAAGACGCAUGGACGGCAGAGCAUUUUUCCGAGAUUCAAGAGUAUCAAUCGUUUUUUAAGAAAUUCUCUCUUUAUACUAAUCAAGAAAAUUUUGACGCACUAAGACUAUCAACAAUUGAAAUGUUCAGAACAACAUACUCUUCCAGUGAAAAUGCUUUCGAUCAAUACUACAAAAUAAUAUCGGAAUGGAAUAUGCGAGAAGGUACAAAGGAAACAUUGAAUAAGAAGUGGAUGCAACGUGCCAUCGGGUUGCAGCUUUUGGCGCCCCACAUUGAACCCUUGUCUUGUGGUCUUGUUAACGACAAAAUGAAAAUAUUUCGGGAUGCUGUGUCUAUGUUCACUAUCACAUUGAUUGAUAAGAAUUCAUGUGAAAAUGCAAAACAACUAUGGGGUGAAAUUGGAAAAGAAAAAAUUGACAUUAAAGAAAUAAACAGAAUAAGGAUAAAUUAUCAACUGUCUGUUGACUAUAUCCAUGGCAAUGCAGUCGAAAAUUUAAAUCCAAAGCUAUUAACGCAGUUGUUAUGGUUAAUGAAUAAAUGUCCACUAAUAAUACAUGAGAAUCAAGACCUUGAAAAAGCCAUCCAGCUUUGUGAAAAUGACAAAUUUAUCGUGCUUAGUGACGGAAUUAAUGAAGAAUGGAUGGAAAUGUAUCCAUUGUUCAAAAAUUUAUCAAAUAUUAAGUCUAAACGAGAGUGUUACGACACAUUACUUAGAAACUUUACAGUCUCUAUUCAAGGGAAGGAAGAACUGAAUUUAAUGACAGCUUUCGGAAAUAAUGAAGAAUCUUUGGACAAUGUAACAACGUCCGAUUUGAUGGGAAUGUUAAAUGGACCAUGGUCUAUAGACGGAAAGCAGGAAAUACUCUCUGAACCUUAUAUCGAACGUCAUUUAUCCCAAAAUUGUAUAGAUAUUAAAUAUUUAGACCAAGUUCGUGAAAACACGAUUAUCAUUUUAUAUUACGCGGGAAAUUUUGAGGAAGUAAAAGACAAAUUUUAUAAAUAUAAAAUAAUUAAUGUUGACCUUCCAAAAACAGAACAAUCUGUCGGUGAUGAAAAUGUAACACAAAGUGCAGUCGGUAAUGAAAAUAAGUUUACCGAUCAAUCAGGUAAAUCAGAUAGUCGUAAGAAAAUGUACAUAUGUAAUAAUAAACUUACCGAAACAAAAUUACAAAAAAUAUAUGCGGAUAAUUCAAAAACGCACACCUUUCAUUAUUUCGAAUUUGCGAAUAACGGACAUUUGAAAUGGAUUCAAAGCAAAGGUGAUAUGAGUGACUUAGAAAAUUACAAAUCUUCCAACGAGCAUUUGACGCAGGAGAGCGCAGUGUUCUCUCAGUUCAGUAAUAAAAUUAAUUUAAUAACGAGUGACCCCGGAAUGGGCAAAUCAGAAUUGAUGAAAAGUUUUAAAAAUAAAUGUCCACCUGAGUACUGGACAGUCGUGAUAACUUCAAAAGAUGUUAAUUCGUUUCUAAAAUCUUUCUCUUCAAGUAAGACAUUAAACUACCUAAGUUUGUUUCAGCAAUUUAUUAACAAAAAAUACAGUUCCUUGAAAAAGUUGGAGAAAAGUUUUUUCGAAUUAUGUUUAAAACAAAACCAUGUUUUGUAUGUUUGGGAUGCAAUAGAUGAAAUUUUAAGCGAAUAUUUACAUGUUGCGUUGGAUAUAAUAACUCAGUUAUCAACAAAGGGUUUUGUUCAGUGGAUAACCAGCAGACAACAUCUUCAAACACUUCUAGAAAAAAAAUUCAACGUACUCUCAUAUAGCUUAACACAGUUUAGCGGAAAACAGCAAGAAAAUUACAUAAAACAACGACUUAACGCUUCCAAUUCUGCAGGCGAAAUUGAGACAACUAUUCAGAAAAUUAAAUCUACAUUUGUAAUUAUCGAACAUGUUGACAUAUUAGGAAUUCCGCUUCAGAUUUUUAUGCUCACGGAACUAUUUCGUCAAAAUAACGAAAAGUACUUGCAGCUUCUGGACAAUAGAUUUCUCUUGACUGAUCUGUAUCAUAGUUUUAUUGAUGAAAAGUUUAACAUUUUCUACGAACAUAAAAUUGAUUACGAUCUUAAAAAUCCCCAUCAGGCAAAUAAGAUACGUCAGGAGAAACAAAAGAUGUUAAAACACUAUGAAAUAUUUGCUUUAAAAUUAGUAUAUCCCGACUUUGUAUUAGAACAAUUAAAUAUUAAUUACCAAAAAUCGGUGCAAAAAUUUUCAAAUAACAAUUAUGAAUCCAUUGGUAUCAUAACUGAAUUAAAAAAUAACGUUCCACAUUUUCUUCACGGAUCCUUUGCGGAAUAUUUGGCUGGUACUUACUUAUCCAAAAAUACUAGAGACAUACCUGUCGACGUAUUUUUUGAUCAAAAGUAUAAUAACGUACGGUUUUUCUUUGACAUGUUGUCAGGAGAGACGUCGCCUGCUCAUGUAGCUGUGUUAUACAAAAAUUUCGACUUACUUAAAAGUUACGAUGAUAAAAUAUUAGCAUGCAAAGACAAAGGUGGAAGAAGUGCGUUACACCUGAUAUGCUCAUGGGGUCAAAGGCAUCCUCGUGUAGAAAUAAGUCACGAAAGUAACGGAUACAAUGUUGAACUGACUCCCAGCCUUAAUGGUAAACCGGAAAGUAAAGAAUAUCUUGAUGCAGUAAUGUAUUUACAAAGUAAAAACAAUAAUUCAGAACAUGAUUCACUACUUGGUUUAACACCGUUGUUAUAUGCUAGGAAAUGUGAAAGUUUGGCAGCAGAGCUACAAUUGCUACAAGAAAUUGAAAAAAACUCAAUUCUCUUUCAGUCAUAUUCUUCUAACGAUAAAAUAAACAUUUUGUAUUAUUCUGCAUUACUUGGAUACGACAACGUGGUAAAAUUGUUUGGUAAUGAGAAAUUUUGUAUUUCUCAUGGCGAAAUUAAUUUUGUUACUAUGGCUAAUCAAUAUACUCUCCUUUUUCUAGCUUGCGUCUUGGGGCACAAACAAAUUGUUCAGUUCUUAGUGAAAUCUGGGGCUGAAAUAGAUCGCGCGGAUAACCACGGUUUUACACCGCUUUACGUAGCUUCUGAACUUGGUUACGAAGAAACUGUCAAAUACCUAGUGAAAUCCGGAGCUGAGAUCAAUGGUUGCACGAAAGAUGGUCGGACACCGUUUUACGCAGCUUGUUAUAGCGGCCAUACAAAUAUUGUCGAAUACUUGCACCAAUCGGGAGCGGAUAUCAAUUGCGCUGAUGUCGACGGUCAUACACCACUUCGUACGGCUUCGUUUAGCGGCCACCAGAAAACUGUCGAGUACUUGGUAGAGUCAGGUGUUGAAAUAAAUCGCGCGGAUAACGAGGGUUUUACACCACUUUACCGAGCUUCUCAAAAUGGUCAUGAAGAAACUGUCAAAUGCCUAGUGAAAUCCGGAGCUGAGAUCAAUCGUUGCGCAAAAGAUGGUCGAACGCCGCUUUGCGCAGCUUGUGAGAGCGGCCAUAAAAAUAUUGCCGAAUACUUGCACCUAUCGGGAGCGGAUAUCAAUUGCGCCGAUGUCCACGGUUAUACACCACUUCAUACGGCUUCGUUCAGCGGCCACCAGAAAACUGUAGAAUACUUGGUAGAGUCAGGUGUUCAAAUAAAUCGCGCGGAUAACGAGGGUUUUACACCACUUUACUUAGCUUCCGAAAAUGGCCACGAAGAAACUGUCAAAUACCUAGUGAAAUCCGGAGCUGAGAUCAAUCGUUGCACGAAAAAUGGUCGGACGCCGCUUUACGCAGCUUGUCGUAACGGCCAUAAAAAUAUCGCCGAAUACUUGCACCUAUCGGGAGCUGAUCUCAAUUGCGCUAAUGUCGGUGGGGAUACACCACUUCGUAUGGCUUCGUUUAACGGCCAUCAGAAAAUUGUCGAAUACUUAGUGGAGUCAGAUGUUGAAAUAAAUCGCGCGGAUAACGAGGGUUUUACACCACUUUACUUAGCUUCCCAAAAUGGCCACGAAGAAACUGUCAAAUACCUAGUGAAAUCCGGAGCUGAGGUCAAUCGUAGCGCGAAAAAUGGUCGGACGCCGCUUUACGCAGCUUGUCGUAACGGCCAUAAAAAUAUUGCCGAAUAUUUGCACCUAUCGGGAGCGGAUAUCAAUUGCGCCGAUGUCCACGGUUAUACACCACUUCAUACGGCUUCGUUCAGCGGCCACCAGAAAACUGUAGAAUACUUGGUAGAGUCAGGUGUUGAAAUAAAUCGCGCGGAUAACGAGGGUUUUACACCACUUUACUUAGCUUCCGAAAAUGGCCACGAAGAAACUGUCAAAUACCUAGUGAAAUCCGGAGCUGAGAUCAAUCGUUGCACGAAAAAUGGUCGGACCCCGCUUUACGCAGCUUGUCGUAACGGCCAUAAAAAUAUCGCCGAAUACUUGCACCUAUCGGGAGCUGAUCUCAAUUGCGCUAAUGUCGGUGGGGAUACACCACUUCGUAUGGCUUCGUUUAACGGCCAUCAGAAAAUUGUCGAAUACUUAGUGGAGUCAGAUGUUGAAAUAAAUCGCGCGGAUAACGAGGAUUUUACACCGCUUUACGUAGCUUCUGGCUAUGGUCAUGAAGACACUGUCAUAUACCUAGUGAAAUCCGGAGCCGAGAUCAAUCGUAGCGCGAAAAAUGGUCGGACACCGCUUCACGCAGCUUGUUAUAGCGGCAAUAAAAUUAUUGUCGAAUACUUGCACCUGUCGGGGGCGGAUAUCAAUUGCUCUGAUGUCGAUGGUUAUACACCACUUUGUACGGCUUCGUUAAGCGGCCACCAGAAAACAGUAGAAUACUUGGUAGAGUCAGGUGUUGAAAUAAAUCGCGCGGAUAACGAGGGUUUUACACCGCUUUACGUAGCUUCUGGCUAUGGUCAUGAAGAAACUGUCAUAUACCUAGUGAAAUCCGGAGCCGAGAUCAAUCGUAGCGCGAAAAAUGGUCGGACACCGCUUCACGCAGCUUGUUAUAGCGGCAAUAAAAUUAUUGUCGAAUACUUGCACCUGUCGGGGGCGGAUAUCAAUUGCUCUGAUGUCGAUGGUCAUACACCACUUUGUACGGCUUCGUUAAGCGGCCACCAGAAAACAGUAGAAUACUUGGUAGAGUCAGGUGUUGAAAUAAAUCGCGCGGAUAACGAGGGUUUUACACCACUUUACUUAGCUUCCCAAAAUGGCCACGAAGAAACUGUCAAAUACCUAGUGAAAUCCGGAGCUGAGGUCAAUCGCAGCGCGAAAAAUGGUCGGACGCCGCUUUACGCAGCUUGUCGUAACGGCCAUAAAAAUAUUGCCGAAUACUUGCACCUAUCGGGAGCGGAUAUCAAUUGCGCCGAUGUCCACGGUUAUACACCACUUCAUACGGCUUCGUUCAGCGGCCACCAGAAAACUGUAGAAUACUUGGUAGAGUCAGGUGUUGAAAUAAAUCGCGCGGAUAACGAGGGUUUUACACCACUUUACUUAGCUUCCCAAAAUGGCCACGAAGAAACUGUCAAAUACCUAGUGAAAUCCGGAGCUGAGGUCAAUCGUAGCGCGAAAAAUGGUCGGACGCCGCUUUACGCAGCUUGUCGUAACGGCCAUAAAAAUAUUGCCGAAUACUUGCACCUAUCGGGAGCGGAUAUCAAUUGCGCCGAUGUCCACGGUUAUACACCACUUCAUACGGCUUCGUUCAGCGGCCACCAGAAAACUGUAGAAUACUUGGUAGAGUCAGGUGUUGAAAUAAAUCGCGCGGAUAACGAGGGUUUUACACCACUUUACUUAGCUUCCCAAAAUGGCCACGAAGAAACUGUCAAAUACCUAGUGAAAUCCGGAGCUGAGGUCAAUCGUAGCGCGAAAAAUGGUCGGACGCCGCUUUACGCAGCUUGUCGUAACGGCCAUAAAAAUAUUGCCGAAUACUUGCACCUAUCGGGAGCGGAUAUCAAUUGCGCCGAUGUCCACGGUUAUACACCACUUCAUACGGCUUCGUUCAGCGGCCACCAGAAAACUGUAGAAUACUUGGUAGAGUCAGGUGUUGAAAUAAAUCGCGCGGAUAACGAGGGUUUUACACCACUUUACUUAGCUUCCGAAAAUGGCCACGAAGAAACUGUCAAAUACCUAGUGAAAUCCGGAGCUGAGAUCAAUCGUUGCACGAAAAAUGGUCGGACCCCGCUUUACGCAGCUUGUCGUAACGGCCAUAAAAAUAUCGCCGAAUACUUGCACCUAUCGGGAGCUGAUCUCAAUUGCGCUAAUGUCGGUGGGGAUACACCACUUCGUAUGGCUUCGUUUAACGGCCAUCAGAAAAUUGUCGAAUACUUAGUGGAGUCAGAUGUUGAAAUAAAUCGCGCGGAUAACGAGGAUUUUACACCGCUUUACGUAGCUUCUGGCUAUGGUCAUGAAGACACUGUCAUAUACCUAGUGAAAUCCGGAGCCGAGAUCAAUCGUAGCGCGAAAAAUGGUCGGACACCGCUUCACGCAGCUUGUUAUAGCGGCAAUAAAAUUAUUGUCGAAUACUUGCACCUGUCGGGGGCGGAUAUCAAUUGCUCUGAUGUCGAUGGUUAUACACCACUUUGUACGGCUUCGUUAAGCGGCCACCAGAAAACAGUAGAAUACUUGGUAGAGUCAGGUGUUGAAAUAAAUCGCGCGGAUAACGAGGGUUUUACACCGCUUUACGUAGCUUCUGGCUAUGGUCAUGAAGAAACUGUCAUAUACCUAGUGAAAUCCGGAGCCGAGAUCAAUCGUAGCGCGAAAAAUGGUCGGACACCGCUUCACGCAGCUUGUUAUAGCGGCAAUAAAAUUAUUGUCGAAUACUUGCACCUGUCGGGGGCGGAUAUCAAUUGCUCUGAUGUCGAUGGUCAUACACCACUUUGUACGGCUUCGUUAAGCGGCCACCAGAAAACAGUAGAAUACUUGGUAGAGUCAGGUGUUGAAAUAAAUCGCGCGGAUAACGAGGGUUUUACACCACUUUACUUAGCUUCCCAAAAUGGCCACGAAGAAACUGUCAAAUACCUAGUGAAAUCCGGAGCUGAGGUCAAUCGCAGCGCGAAAAAUGGUCGGACGCCGCUUUACGCAGCUUGUCGUAACGGCCAUAAAAAUAUUGCCGAAUACUUGCACCUAUCGGGAGCGGAUAUCAAUUGCGCCGAUGUCCACGGUUAUACACCACUUCAUACGGCUUCGUUCAGCGGCCACCAGAAAACUGUAGAAUACUUGGUAGAGUCAGGUGUUGAAAUAAAUCGCGCGGAUAACGAGGGUUUUACACCACUUUACUUAGCUUCCCAAAAUGGCCACGAAGAAACUGUCAAAUACCUAGUGAAAUCCGGAGCUGAGGUCAAUCGUAGCGCGAAAAAUGGUCGGACGCCGCUUUACGCAGCUUGUCGUAACGGCCAUAAAAAUAUUGCCGAAUACUUGCACCUAUCGGGAGCGGAUAUCAAUUGCGCCGAUGUCCACGGUUAUACACCACUUCAUACGGCUUCGUUCAGCGGCCACCAGAAAACUGUAGAAUACUUGGUAGAGUCAGGUGUUGAAAUAAAUCGCGCGGAUAACGAGGGUUUUACACCACUUUACUUAGCUUCCGAAAAUGGCCACGAAGAAACUGUCAAAUACCUAGUGAAAUCCGGAGCUGAGAUCAAUCGUUGCACGAAAAAUGGUCGGACGCCGCUUUACGCAGCUUGUCGUAACGGCCAUAAAAAUAUCGCCGAAUACUUGCACCUCAAUUGCGCUAAUGUCGGUGGGGAUACACCACUUCGUAUGGCUUCGUUUAACGGCCAUCAGAAAAUUGUCGAAUACUUAGUGGAGUCAGAUGUUGAAAUAAAUCGCGCGGAUAACGAGGGUUUUACACCACUUUACUUAGCUUCCCAAAAUGGCCACGAAGAAACUGUCAAAUACCUAGUGAAAUCCGGAGCUGAGGUCAAUCGUAGCGCGAAAAAUGGUCGGACGCCGCUUUACGCAGCUUGUCGUAACGGCCAUAAAAAUAUUGCCGAAUACUUGCACCUAUCGGGAGCGGAUAUCAAUUGCGCCGAUGUCCACGGUUAUACACCACUUCAUACGGCUUCGUUCAGCGGCCACCAGAAAACUGUAGAAUACUUGGUAGAGUCAGGUGUUGAAAUAAAUCGCGCGGAUAACGAGGGUUUUACACCACUUUACUUAGCUUCCGAAAAUGGCCACGAAGAAACUGUCAAAUACCUAGUGAAAUCCGGAGCUGAGGUCAAUCGUAGCGCGAAAAAUGGUCGGACGCCGCUUUACGCAGCUUGUCGUAACGGCCAUAAAAAUAUUGCCGAGUACUUGCACCUAUCGGGAGCGGAUAUCAAUUGCGCCGAUGUCCACGGUUAUACACCACUUCAUACGGCUUCGUUCAGCGGCCACCAGAAAACUGUAGAAUACUUGGUAGAGUCAGGUGUUGAAAUAAAUCGCGCGGAUAACGAGGGUUUUACACCACUUUACUUAGCUUCCCAAAAUGGCCACGAAGAAACUGUCAAAUACCUAGUGAAAUCCGGAGCUGAGAUCAAUCGUUGCACGAAAAAUGGUCGGACGCCGCUUUACGCAGCUUGUCGUAACGGCCAUAAAAAUAUCGCCGAAUACUUGCACCUCAAUUGCGCUAAUGUCGGUGGGGAUACACCACUUCGUAUGGCUUCGUUUAACGGCCAUCAGAAAAUUGUCGAAUACUUAGUGCAGUCAGAUGUUGAAAUAAAUCGCGCGGAUAACGAGGGUUUUACACCGCUUUACGUAGCUUCUGGCUAUGGUCAUGAAGAAACUGUCAUAUACCUAGUGAAAUCCGGAGCCGAGAUCAAUCGUAGCGCGAAAAAUGGUCGGACACCGCUUCACGCAGCUUGUUAUAGCGGCAAUAAAAUUAUUGUCGAAUACUUGCACCUGUCGGGGGCGGAUAUCAAUUGCUCUGAUGUCGAUGGUUAUACACCACUUUGUACGGCUUCGUUAAGCGGCCAGCAGAAAACAGUAGAAUACUUGGUAGAGUCAGGUGUUGAAAUAAAUCGCGCGGAUAACGAGGGUUUUACACCACUUUACUUAGCUUCCCACAAUGGCCACGAAGAAACUGUCAAAUACCUAGUGAAAUCCGGAUCUGAUAUCAAUCGUUGCACGAAAAAUGGUCAGACGCCGCUUUACGCAGCUUGUCGUAACGGCCAUAAAAGUAUUGCCGAAUACUUGCACCUAUCGGGAGCUGAUAUCAAUUGCGCUAAUGUCGGUGGUGUUACACCACUUCGUAUGGCUUCGUUAAGCGGCCACCAGAAAACUGUCGAGUACUUGGUAGAGUCAGGUGUUGAAAUAAAUCGCGCGGAUAACGAAGGUUUCACACCACUUUACGUAGCUUCCCAAAAUGGCCACGAAGAAACUGUCAAAUACCUAGUGAAAUCCGGAACUGAGAUCAAUGGUAGCGCGAAGAAUGGUCGGACACCGCUUCACGCAGCUUAUCGAAACGGCCACGAAAAAAUUGUCGAAUUUUUACAGAAGGGCAAAUCUACUUGAGGGAAUAAGUAUUCCGUCCAUAACGUGAAUGAGGUGUAUUCGGGAAAAAAUGAAAUUGAUGAUAUUACUGUGUUAUCCAAGAAUCUGAAAAUAUGAUUAAAUAUUAUCAGAUAUUUUAAACAUUUUCUAAAUUUAAGUUUAUGGAGAAUUGCCAAACGAAUAAAGAAUAAUUUUUUGGUAUAAUUCUGUUGCUUUCAAAAUGAACAACACAGACUUUAGCAAAAUUUACUAUAGGACCAAUUGAUUAUUAUUAUUGUUAUUAUAAACGCUAGAAGCUCUUAGUAGGGCUCAAGACAACCCAAGCCUUGAAAAUUUCCUCAAUCACCCGAUUUUAUUAAAUCAAUGUAGAAAAAAAAAAGAAAUUCGUUUCUAGGAUAACUGCAAAGGUUAUAUUGUGCAAAACAAUCUACGCUCAAACACCAACGAUUUUCUAUAUCACCCCUUUUCACCAUUGCUUUUCCGCUAGGUAUUUUAUUAUUUAAAAAGAUAUUUGUAGUAUACGAAGCAACAAUUUAUAAGAAAAAAAAUGUCUAAGGUAGCUGCUGAAAUUAAACAAUAAAUAAUUUAAGUUAUAACAAAAGUGAUUAGAGUUCCUUUUAUUAGUGCUAACUGCAUUUUGUGUAAUACAAGGAUACAUUAAAAACAUAUAUUUUUUUAUUUUUAAUAUACAUUUUUCGGUUCAGUAAACAUUAUUUUGACUACAAUUUACAAAACCUGCGUACAUUGUGAAAGUCUAUGGCACAAAUGUCAUGCAGUUUAAUGUCUUUCUUAUAGGCUUAUUAGACCUUCCAUCCCGUCAUAAACCGAUCUUCUAAAUUUCGAUUGGAUGGUCUGUUUGGUGCAGGAGCGUUUUGUGCUGUGCCUCAUCAAUUUUUCAAGUCAUGAGCCGCCCCUGGUAACAGUAUAAAGGAACCUAUGGUAAUAACGACAACAGCAAGCACUGCAUUUGAAAAAAUAUAUCUAGAUAUUGUAGGUCCAAUCUAAAGAGACGUAAGUAAUUUUUCAUAUAUUUUAACCUUACAAUGUGAACUAACAAAAUAUGUAGAAGCUUAUCCCUUAGAAAACAAAGAAACUAUAACUAUCGCUAAGGCGUUUGUCGAAAAUUUUAUUUUAAGAUAUGGAGUUCCUAAAAUAAUAGCCACUGAUCAAGGAACUGAAUUUAUUUCAAGUACAAUGAAUGAAGUUUGCAGUUUGCUAAAAAUUGAUAAAAUUCAUUCAACAGCAUAUCAUUAUGAGUAGAGAGCGGAUUUUAUGAAAUUUGCAUAUCCGUUAUUUUUUGCAUAUAAGUCUUGAUAUUUAAAAUGUGGACGAAUCAUGUUAAUUAAAAAUGAAUACAGCUAUAAAAAAAUUGCAUAUUUGCAUAUAUUUGCCUUCUGCUGCAUAUUUCACGGAACGGGUGCAUAUUUUGCAUUUUUAUCAAUUUUUGAGCUGAUUUGAAAAAAAAAUUAUUGUCAUUCUAUCGGCAUUUAUCUAGAAAGACGAAAUUUUAUGAAUCAUACUGCAAAUAUUCUUCUGAGCUUCAAAUAACUAGGAAAGGUUUGGGUUUUAUGGUAGUUUGGAGACACCACUGGGUGUUAAGCUAUCCUUCCAGGUAAAUUCGCACCCUAAUUACUUUUGGAAAUACCGUUCAUUCUCAAUAUUUUUGUUUGUUAGUUAAGUGUUUUAAUGGUACGUUUAGUGGUGGUCGAAGAGACGUUAUACUAUUAUUUUUCAUCGUGAGUUUGUAUUGAAAGCAUUUAAAGGGAUACAGGUGUAUCAAUAUGUCGAAGAUAACUCAAAUUAAUUUAUGGAUUAAACCUUUUCCUGAACUUAUUCUUCAAGAACGAACUGUGUUUUGUCGCGCCUGCCCUAAACCGGUAAGUAUUUUUAAAUGUGUGGAUGUAGUACGCAGUUUUUCUACAUAUUUACAAAUACAUUAUACCUACCUACUUUAGAAUCACCGGAAAAACUUUUUGUUAGAAUAUUUCGAAAAAUAUUAAAAAUAAAUUGUUACCAAAAUAGUAAUUAAAUAGUGGAUUACUACUAUUUUUUAAUUUGUUCUGUUUAUAUUUAGUUUUUUGUAUAAGAAUAUUAUCUUUAAAAACAUGAUUUAUCUGUUAGUGAGAUGUAAUUAAACACUAUGCAAAGUGAUUUAUGUAUUUUUUGUAUUAAAACGGAAGCUCGGGAAACCUGUUUUUGUAUUUUAUAAAUAAAUUUAGUUCGCUUUUAAGCUUUUUUUUUCAUUUUUGAAGCAUAUGCAACUGCAUAUGUCUGCAUAUAUUAAGAAAGUUACUGCAUAUUUGCAUAAAUUUGGUGCAUAUCAUAUGAUCAUAUUUCUCAAAAUUUUGCUGCAUAUUUUCCGCUCUCUAAUCAUGAGAGUAUAGGCGCUUUGGAAAAUUCACAUAAAGUUUUAGGUGCAUAUUUAAGAACCAUGUGUAAUAAUCAGGCAACAAACUGGAGUUCUUGGAUACCUUAUUGGUGUUUCAGUUAUAAUACAACUGUUCAUACUGAAACUCAAUACACGCCUUUUGAAUUAGUAUUUGGUAAGAUAUGUAGUCUUCCAACGCAUUUAACUACAUGCGUAGAUCCUUUGUAUAAUUUUAAUAGUUAUCCAUUAGAAUUGAAGUUUAGGUUACAACAAGCUCAUUUAGAUGCUAGGAAUAAUUUAAUUACAAAUAAAAUUAAAAGGAAACAGGUGUAUGAUAAGAAUGUUAGGUCAGCAAAAUAUGAGAAACACGAUUUAAUUUUAAUCAAAAAAGAAACAGGUAAUAAAUUUUGUGUAAUUUUUGAAGGACCUUUUAAAGUGACAAAAGACCUAUCGCCCAAUGUUGAAGUGUUAAAGGACAAUAAGAAGUUAGUUGUACAUAAAAACAGAACUAAGCGGUAUUAUAAUUAGAAUAAGUAAUUCUUUUGUGACAUUGACAUUAGAUAUCUUAACCUACAUAACUGUUUACGAGUGUAUUGUUUCUUGCUGAUGCAUAUAACAUGUGUUGAAACUGAAUCUUGUAACUAUUAACCUAGUAGUAAAAUUACAUACAUAUAAUACGAACAUAUAAACAAAAAAAAAAGUGUGUAUUUACAAACAUUUUUUUUUAAGAAAUCCCGGAAGGUGUAGUGGAGUAAUUAAUAAGUAAUGUGUGAAAGAGAGAGUGAAUGAUUAGAGUAGGGAUUAAUGUAGAUGUAAGCAAUAAUGUAUGUAAUAAGACUAAUAAGAAAUGUAUUAAGAAGAGAGUAAGAAGUUAGUAAGUAAGCAGUAAGUGUCUAGGCAACCAAGCGGUGUAAGAGAGAAGAAUAAUAAAGAUAUGUAGUAGUUAA